AUGUUGGUUGUGCUAGCAGCUGUGUUUGUGGUCCAUAUUGCCACUACUGUAAUGCUCUUUGUUGCCACCAUUUCCAAUGUGUGGUUGAAGAAUACGCUAGGCACUGAGUCAAUGGGCAUUUGGAUGCGAUGCCAAGGAAAUUGUGAAUCUAUAUUUAAUUUCAUUCCUGCAGGAGAUCAUGCUUCUAUGAAAACGGUUGAAGCUUUCAUGAUCCUGUCCAUUAUAUUCUGCUGUUUUGCACUGAUCUCAUUCAUUGCACAGCUCUUUACUCUGGGUAAAGGAUGUCGCUUCUACAUCACAGGAGCCCUCAUGCUUUUCUGCUGGCUCUGUAUCCUUAUUGGAAUUUCAAUCUAUACUGCCCGAUUUGCAAAUGCUUCUCUAGGUUUUUACCAUGCAUAUUGCUUCAUUUUGACGUGGAUCUGUUUUUGCCUUAGCUUCAUACUUGGAAUUCUCUAUAUGGUCCUGCGGAAAAAAUAA